AUAUGAACAAGCCGCUGCAGUAUGGAGGAGGAAAGGAAAAUGAGAUCCUUAUUAUGAACAUUAGAGCGCUGGAGUCUUAACGAGCAAAGCCGCUCGUUUCCUCCGUAUAAACACGCAGGUCCAGUGGCUUGGUAAAUAAACAGAUGUUAUGUCCAGUAUUACUGUGAUGAAGAGCUGUUCACGCGUGAUACGCUCUCCUGGUUUUCUGGUUGUACUUCAAAAAUGAGAAAAGAAGUGACACUGAUCUGAAGGAGGAGAUGACUAAAGAGGAAGUGCUGAAGGAGCCCUCAGCAGAAGACGCAGUCCUGGACCAGUCCAGUGUUCAUUCCCACGUUCCUGCUCGCCCUGUUAUUCAUCAGGUGGCAUCCGUCCCCAUGCCCUCCGACUCCGACUUCUCUUUCUUUGACCCCAGUGAUCCCCAGUGUAGGUUGGUGCUGUUAGAUCCCUGUACCACAGUGCCUGAGCUGUUUGCGGUGCUCAGACAGUGGGUCCCUCAAGUGCAGAAGAACAUUGAACUCAUCGGUAACGAGAUUCUGAAGAGAGGGUGCGGUGUCAAUGACAGAGAUGGUCUUACCGACAUGAGCCUGCUGCAUUACUGCUGCAAAGCUGGCGCACCAGGCAUAGGUGACGCAGAGAAAGCAGCGAGUUUUGCCCGGAAGCUCUUAUCUCUGGGAGCAGACCCAUCUCUGCGCAGCCGCUGGACCAACAUGAGCGCCCUUCAUUAUGCUGCCUACUUCGAUGUUCCUCACCUCAUCCGUGUGGUGCUGCAGGCGUCACAGCCGGGAGAAGUGGACGCCACCUGCAGUGAUUUUGACUUCGGCACUGCCCUGCACAUCGCUGCUGCUAACCUCUGUACCACUGCAGUCCGCUGUCUGUUGGAGCUCGGAGCUAAUCCUGCAUUCAGGAACGAUAAGGGACAGUGUCCUGUAGACGUGGUGCCCGAGCCGCUGGACAUGCCUCUUGAGAUGGCAGAUGCUGCAGCUCAGGCUAAAGAGCUAAGGAUGUUGUUGAGGGAUGUUCUACCCCAACCCGUCACUCCUCGGCAUCUCGUACCCGGGCAUCCCUUCGACCUUCACUCGGAGAAGGCCCGAGCACAUCUCGCUAAUAUUGGCAUUCACCUUGGAGACAAGGUUGUCAUCGCUGGCCAGAAGGUGGGGACCCUGCGCUUCUGUGGCAGCACCGAGUUUGCCGGGGGUCUGUGGGCUGGUGUGGAGCUUCAGCAGCCGGAGGGGAAGAAUGACGGAUCUGUAGCUGGUGUUCACUACUUCACCUGCCGUAUGAAACACGGAAUCUUUGCUCCGCUUUCUAAAAUCAGUAAAUUCUCAGAGCGACGCCGACCCGUCCCUCGUCGAUCUGCUGCUCCUCUUCGCCCUCCUCGCCACAUCGACCUCUCGAGGGUCAAGUCGAAAGUCGACACAGGUGCUCUGUCACGCAGCUGCUCCACGUCAUCGUCCUCUCUGGACUCCCGACAAGUCUCUGCCCUCCAACCGCCGAUUCCUGCACCUAGACAGAGACGUCCCCUUCGUCCUCGGCAGGAACGGACACCUUCAAACUCCAGAUCUACUCCUCCACCAUCCUCGCAGUGUGGCAUGGCACGCAGCAGGACUCCGUCUGCCUGUAGCUCAGUCUCAGAUGGUCCCAUGUUGCGCUUGGGAGAGAGAGUUCUUGUGAUCGGUCAGAGGACAGGAGUUGUCCGAUUCAACGGCAAGACCGGCUUUGCCCCAGGUAUUUGGCUUGGGAUUGAACUGGAUAAACCCAGUGGGAAGAACGACGGCUCUGUCGGAGGCGUGAAGUAUUUCAGCUGCCCGCCAAAACAUGGAGUGUUUGCUCCGCCUUCACGAGUGCAGCGGAUCCAUGGCUCUGUGGACUGCCUGUCAGAACUGUCAUCCUCCCGAUACAAUCACACCCUUAGCGGUAUGCGUCGUAGUUUGAGCACUACUUCAGCCAUUGCCACACAGCGAGAGCCAAAUCGGAAGACUCAAGCUAACCGGAACUAUUUGUCCAGCACACGCCGGCGGUGGAGCUCUCUCAGUCACGCCUCGGCUGCAGCGUCUCCUCGGGGUUCAGGCACUCUAGGUGGCACCGUCAGCACUUCUAGCACGGAUGGCGCUGUCAAACUGCACCUGGGCAUGCAGGUCCUGCUCAGCAGUGCCAACGAAAUGGGCACCAUCCGCUACUUUGGCACUGCUGACUUUGCACCAGGCCUCUGGCUAGGCCUGGAGCUGCGCAGUGCUAAGGGGAAGAAUGAUGGUUCAGUUGGCUCUAGGCGCUACUUCAGCUGUCGGCCUCUCCACGGAGUCCUGGUGCGCCCGAGCAGGGUCACCUACCGCGGUAUUAACGGAGCCAAGCUGGUGAACGAAAGCAGCUGAGACCACAGGCUAUUAUCAUUUUCCCACCACUUUCACCUGUCUCAACUCUGCCAUGCUCUUUUUCUUCUUUAGUAAAUAAGCAGCUGGAUGGAUGGAGGGACAAUAUGCUGCCAGAGGAUGAGAUGAAGCACUUUGAAAGCACAAAGGACAGGGUUAUUAGUCAGCAAUUCAGUCUGUGUAAUGAGAUUUAUUGUGUGUUGUUUGGGUUCUGGAUGAUGUUUACUGGGGAAUUGAGUUCAGUCAUUUGUUUUCUUACUAGAGAAAGUUCACCUUGGAAGUGAGGUCAGUUAUUUAAGUUCUACUUAAUUAAGUUAUUAUUAAGUGAAAUGUGAAUGACUUAGUGAUUGUGAUUGUUUUUGGUUUGUUUGUUUUUCUGAGAGCUAAUUAUUUGAUUUGAUUUGUUGAGUGAAUAGCUGAACAGUAGCAAUUUGUAAGCACUUUAAGCAAAAUAUUGCGGAUUAUGACAAUGACUCAUCAAGCAGAAGUAAAUGGACAUUAAUAUCGUGUCAUAAAGCAUUUCUAAGGCAUUGUUUCUGAAAAUGCAUUACGCUUUAUAGCAGAAUCUGCUAUACAUUAUGAAUUGUUAACAUAAUGAACUGUAAGUAAUGCCCAUAGAAUGUUCUAACACAGUUGCCAUGGCAACCGAGCGCUUUUCAGUGUUCAUUUAAUGUGCUAUAAACAGUGUUAUACAUGUAUUAUAAUUACUGCUAUAAACAGUAAUGUCAUUUCAUAAAUGAUUCGAACAAUGUGUAUAAUGUCAUUUGAAUGCUUUAGAAGGUCAUUAUACCGUAUGUAUGGCCUUCGUAGAAAGUGUUACCGUAGGGUGUUAAUUUCUUCCUCUCCUUUCCUUCCUUAUUUUCCUUCAUGAUUUGUGAUAAAGGACAGCGCGUAGCCUGUGAGAAAGUUUCUUCCAUAUUGAGAACGAGGCCAAGAUCACAGCAUACACUAGCACUUUAAUAGUGUUACUACUGAACUCCUACACUUUUCUUUUCCCUCCCAAGAAUGAUUUUGAAAUCGUUUGCUGAGUAUAGCUUUAUGUUUAGUGUUGCUAUUUUUACUCUGACCAUGUUCAUUUUUGUCAUAGAAAGAUAUAAACGGAAUUCGAUCUUUCUCUCAAAGCGUUUGCCUAGUCAGAGUUCGCGAACUUACAUUUAGCAUUUAUCCUCUUUCAUUUGCCUUCUGAAUGUAUCUUCAGGAAAUAAAAUUUCCAAACGAA